AUGUCUCUGUACCCAUCUCUUGAAGACCUGAAGGUAGACAAGGUGAUUCAGGCUCAGACUGCCUUUUCUGCAAACCCUGCCAACCCAGCGAUUUUAUCUGAAGCCUCUGCUCCCGUCUCGCAAGAUGGAAAUCUCUAUCCUAAGCUAUAUCCGGAGCUCUCUCAGUACAUGGGCCUGAGUUUAAAUGAAGAAGAAAUACGUGCAAAUAUGGCCUUGGUCCCUGGAGCACCAAGUCAGGGGCAGUUGGUGGCUCGGCCUUCCAGCAUGAACUACAUGGUGGCCCCUGUCACUGGUGGCGACCCCGGGAUCCGCAGAGCGGAGAUUAAGCAAGGGAUCCGAGAAGUCAUCUUGUGUAAGGAUCAAGACGGGAAGAUUGGGCUCAGGCUGAAAUCCAUAGACAACGGUAUAUUUGUUCAGCUUGUCCAGGCCAAUUCUCCCUCCUCCCUGGUGGGCCUGCGGUUUGGGGACCAGGUGCUGCAGAUAAAUGGUGAGAACUGUGCUGGCUGGAGCUCGGACCGCGCGCACAAGGUGCUCAAACAGGCUUUCGGAGAGAAGAUCACCAUGACCAUCCGGGACAGGCCCUUUGAACGGACAAUUACCAUGCAUAAGGACAGUACUGGACACGUCGGCUUUGUUUUUAAAAAUGGAAAAAUCACAUCCAUUGUGAAAGACAGUUCUGCAGCUAGAAACGGUCUUCUCACGGAACAUAACAUCUGUGAGGUCAAUGGACAGAACGUCAUCGGACUGAAGGACUCUCAAAUCGCAGACAUAUUGUCCACAGCUGGAAAUAUAAUUACUAUUACAAUCAUGCCUGCUUUUAUCUUUGAACACAUUAUUAAACGGAUGGCGCCAAGCAUUAUGAAAAGCUUGAUGGAUCACACCAUUCCUGAGGUUUAG